CCGUUGUGGGUGUGUUGGCUUUGGGCAGUACUGUAAACGAAUUCGCGACGAUUCUAAAGCUUAUUUUUUUACUCCAUUUUAAGCGGUCAAGGAAUGAGUUAGAAGAGCCGAGCAUGCCAUUCGGGUACCUUAGCUAAAUCUUCUGUCGUUCUGCGUUGUGUAAACGAGUCGUGCGGGACGACAAAUUGCAAAAAGCAAUUUGUUGCUCUCGAUUGUCGUCGGAUUUGACCUGUUUAACUACUGACGUCCUGAACAGGAUUUGCGGUCCGUCAAUGAGGAACUACAGGCUCAUCUUUUGCCAUAACCUGAAGCAGCCAUAGAUGGUCAAUCAAUUUACUGCUAGUGAGUAGAGCAGGGGACACAGUAAUCAUCUGGAUUUCUAAAGUAAAAACACGAGCGACUGAAGCGGCUGUGGAAGCGAUGAGGAAGAGCCUCUCUCGUACCCUGAGCGAGUCCCUCAGCACAGCCAGGGUGUUCGGUAUCCCUCUGGAGGAGGUGCAGCAGAGCGGCCAACCAGGCCACGAAGUCCCACUGUUGGUUAGGACCAUCGUGGAGUACAUUGAGGAGCAUGGGGGGCUGGGCCUUGAAGGUCUGUUCCUGGUGAACGGAAAUGCCGAGCGUGUCGAAUGGCUGCGGCAGCGCUAUGACAGUGGUGAGGAGGUGAAUUUGGAGAAAGAGGCAGAUCUGGCCUCUGCCGUCAGCCUGCUGCGCCUCUUCCUGCAGGAGCUCCCAGAGCCCAUCAUCCCUGACGACCUACAAAAACACAUACAGCACCUUUAUCAAGAAUACGGCGGCGAAGACGAGUUGGCGAGAAACAUGAAAUACAUCUUGCAGCAGCUUCCCCAGGUCAACUACAGCUUGCUGCGCUUCCUGUGCCGCUUCCUCUCGAACGUGGCUUCUCUUCAGGAGGAAAGCUGGAGCACCAGCGCCCUUGCGGCCGUCUUUGGUCCCGACAUCUUUCACUUAGAUACAGACGCGGAGGAGCUGAGGGAGCAGGAGUCAAUGAGCCGCAUUCUGGCUGAGCUGCUUGAGAACUGGGAGGACUUCUUUGACUCUGAGGAUGAUCUUUCCACUUCUAACGACUACAGCUCCAUUAACGAACAGAUCACUGAGCUCCUGGAAGACGAGAAGAUAGACGCGUGUGAGGAGCUCCUGCAGGAUAGCGAGGACGGGCCUUCUUCACUUUCCCCCCAACACCCCAGUGUCACCCCUUCUUCUAGCUCACACAUCACUUCCAUCAGCAUUCUUCCAAGAUCUGCAGACAUCCUCCAGAGAACCAUCCGAGCUGCAGUGGAGCAGCAUAUUCUGGAUCUGCAGAACUCCAUCGAACAAGAUCUCAGCAACUAUGAGAGCCAAGGCCCAUCCUGCCAAGCUGGCCUGGGGGUCUGUACAAGUGAAAAGACUGCAGAAGAGCAUGGCGAGGAAGAGGAGACUCAUGCUGGAUUGCCUUCUCCUGCAGACACCAACCAGUAUGCAGAAGAUGAAGAGGCAUUUCAUGAUUCCCAGCCUAGUGUCCUUGUGCCAGAGGAAAAUCUGAAAAUGGACCUCGACACAGAGGCUCUUGUAGAUGCUGAGAAUAACAUUAACACAACUCCUAGGCUAGAGAUGUACCCUGAAUGUGAGCACAUGGAACAGAACGAUGUUGCCGCCUGUGAGUCUGCUGCAGAAGUGUGUGAUCUGAAUGCCAACACAGAAAGCAGAGAGCAGCCCAACCUGGUGGCCCAUCAACUUCAAUCCCAUUCUGUCACCCAUGAUGGAGUGUGGGAAGCCUCAUGCCCCAACACCUUCCCCCUCAUAGACUUCACAUGUAUGCACCUGCAGAGAGAAGGGCAUGAUCCCGUUCCAGUGUUCAUGUCAUGGCAGGAGGAGAGUGAGUCUGGAGAGGCGCAGUUGUCUCCACUGGCAGGCCGCAUGUUGCCAUUGCCUCUAGGGGAAGACGCGCAGCCAUUACUGGCACGUCACUUCCUGGAUUUCGGUCACAGUCAGCGCUUCCUGCAGCAGGACUCUGAUGCAACAUCUUCAAAUAAAGCACUAUCCUGUGGAAGGCCUCGCCGGGCCUCCUUUAGCUCCAGGGAGAGUGCAAAGGGAGACAGUGUCUGUCAGCAGCUCACCAAGAAACUCCAGAACCUCAAGAAAAAAAUCAAGCAGUUUGAAGAGCAGUUCGAAAAAGACAAGAACUACAUGCCAUCUCAUGCUGACAAGGCAGCUAAUCCCAAAGUCCUGAAGUGGAUGACCGACCUCACCAAAAUCCGUAAACAGCUUAAAGCAGGACGACAGCACCUCUUACCCAAAGCUUCCCUGAGGCACCAGGCAGUGCUUCACUUGCACAGACGCCACUCCUCCGCUCUGAACACACCCUAUUUUACACAGUCACGCCCCCUCACUGUCUCUAGACAGACACCCCACUUCUAUGCUAAACACAAGGCAGAGAGUGAGCUGACCCCUCAGACACGCCCACGCAGCAACACACUGCCCAAGAGCUUCGGCUCCACUUUGGAACACUCGACUUCUGAGGGCCUCGCUGACAGAGAGGGUGAGGGACGGGGGUGCCGGCCCACCUGCGAAGAGACGCUCCAACUCAUUGAGCAACAUCUAAGAACUAGGAGAGAGGAGGACGGCUGGCCCGAGGACAUCAGAAAAAUGACCAAGGAGCAGCUCGCUUGUGAGAAGACGGUGCUGCAAAAGAACUUACUGUAUUAUGAGGGACUGCACGGUCGUCCUGUCACUCGUGAGGAACGCUUGAUUGUCAAACCACUGUAUGACCGAUACCGGCUGGUGAAGCAGAUGCUCACUCGUGUCAGCAUCACGCCCAUUAUUGCCUCGCCUUCCAGCAAGAGACGCAAUCAGACACUGCAGCCCAUCAUCGAGGGUGAGACUGCCCACUUCUGCGAUGAGAUCAAAGAGGAAGAGGAGGAAGAGGAUGAGCAGGAAAGUGGAGGAAUGCAGAGUGACGAUUCGGAGGUCAUCAUCGCUUUGGACCCAGCAGCCCAACCCAGCUCCCAACAGCCUCUGCCUGACAGCAUCCUGAGGCCCAAGAUGGGCGAAAGCUCGGGCAAGUUGACCCUUGACCUGCGCCUGUCCAGCUCUAACGCCUCCUCCAUGCCUGAGCUCCUGGAGCAACUGUGGAAAGCCAGAGCAGAGAAGAAGAAGCUGAGGAGGACCAUUCGCGAGUUUGAGGAUGAGUUCUACAAGCAGAAUGGAAGGAACGUACAGAAGGAGGACCGUGUCCCGAUGCUGGACGAGUACAAGGAGUAUAAACGCAUCAAAGCCAAAUUGCGCCUGCUCGAGGUCCUUAUCAACAAGCAAGACUCCUCCAAGUCCAUCUAGAGUCCCAGCAUGCAGCAUCAGUAACACCACCAAACAUCCACGACUACAAACCGACUGCUUUCGCUUUCAGAGGACGACUUUCUUUCUGUCCCAGGUUUUUUUUUUUUAUAUAUAUAUUUAGUUGUGCCUGUUUGAUUUUGUUUGAUCAUAGCAAGAAAAUCCUCAGCAUGAAGUGUGUGUGUGUGUGUGUGUGUGUGUGUGUGUGUGUGUGUGUGUGUGUGUGUGUGUGUGUGUGGACAGCAAGAACAGAACUUCCUCCCGCAUCCACAGUUAGCAUCUUUCUCAGACUUGUACCAUUUAUUAAAACUGCAUCCCCAAAACCCCGGGGACCUGAUACACUAUUAAUGUGUGUGUUCUGGACAGAAUUUUGCGUCUCUGUGUAAAAAACAAAAACAAAAACAAAAAUCAUCCUCCAUGUGUACACAAUAUGUUUGUGUUACAGUUAUGUCCACAUUUCAUCUAAAAGAACUUACUGAUAUUAUACUCUGAAUGUUAGUGUUAUUUUGUUUUCUUAGAUACUCUCUAACAAGAUAAACAAGAGAACAUUGUUGGUGCUCUUUUUGUUUGUUUGUUUGUUUGUUUGUUUAAACGCGUGACUUAUCAGCAACCGGACGGUUGAUCAGACUGACCAGAGAAUUUAACGUUAAAUCGAAGCUUGUUAACGUUAAAUUGAAUAGUAUUCCCACUCCUUUUUUGGCUCUGUGUUUUAAAAGUACUAUGUAACUAGGUGUAUAUUAUUAUUUAUUAGCAUUUCUUCACUGUUUAUGAAUCACAUGUCUCUCGGCUUCGUGUGUAAAUAACGGAUCACAGAGGAAACGAGUGCACUAUUAAAAAUAUCUAAUCUGAUGUUAGGAAAGAUUAGUCAAGGGGUCACAUUAUGCUCACUCAUGUCACACACCCGGGACGUUAUGGUUAAACCCGGAGUUAAUCAGCCUGGCCGGGUGAAGGUCAGGUCAUGAAGCAGUGGUGUGUGUGUGUGUCCUCUAGGACAACACAGCUUUACCGAAAUCCUGGUGAACCGUCAACCGGGACGUCGUCGUAAUUUCACAGAAAGUGAGCACAGUUGGAACUAAUCACUAAUCGGAUCAUUUUAAGAUACAUUCCAUCAACUUUACUUUGACAGACUGUAACGUGUCCUCAAGGACGCCUGCUUUAUCUUUCUAUUGGAUUUCGUGGACUUGUUGAGAUUGGGUUUCCCUCCUGAAGGACAUUGUAGCUCACUGACCUGAAACCAAGUUUUAUAUAUAUUAAUAAAUAUAUAUAUAAAUCAGUUAAAAACAAACAUUUCUAGAUGUCUGAUUUUGCUUUCCAUGCUUGAUCAAGCAACUUGAAAGUGAAAAGCAGUGCUGAUGUAUUUGCAUUAAGCUCUGGGCAUUAAGUGCAGGAACAAUGGGCAGUCGAGUCCGAGUCAAGAGAGAGAGAGAGAGGGCGUGUUACGUGUGUACAGUCUAAACUAGGAGGGAAGCCAGAAGCACUAGAUGAGAGAGAGAGAGGGUAGAGGACGUGCUCGAUUUCUUUUCUCGAGUCACUCCGUGUCGGUGAAAGCAGGUAAAAACGGGAUGUUUAUCUGCAAAAGGUGUGUAGGAGCGAGCAAAUGUUAUUUGCACAGCAUUCUGAGAAUGCAGCCCACUGUUUAUUCAGAUUUGCUUGUACAUUGAAGCACUAAUUGUAUCUGAAGGAUGUUACUCUUUUUUUUCUUCUUUUUUUUGUAUGCAUGUUAAGCCCCUGUGUCACUUUGCAAAUGUUACAUGCAGGUUUUGUUUCUUUUUUAUUUUAACAAGCAUUAUUUUGUACUCAUUUUUUUUUUCUCCAUCUUUUCAAGCAUAGUUUCCUGUAAUUAUCUUGCUUGUUUGUAACAACAACAAAACAAAAAGUGUCAGUAGUGCGUUUGCAUGGCAAAUGUUUGUAUUUCUAUUUUUGUGCCAUGAAAAAUAAGCAAUAACGACGAGGCAUCAAGGUCUUUAGCGGUGGAAUGAGAGGACGUCUGCAUCCAUCGUGUGCAUUUCAAAUAAAUGGCUUGUGAGACAUUUAGAGA